CAAUUAUAUUAUAUAAGGUAUAUUAGACCUUAAUUUUUCCCAAAUUAUAUAUAGGUUAGCAUUGCAGCCAGACCUCCAAUAUCCUUCCAUAUUUUAUCAAUCCUUAAAUUUAUUAUCUGCAUACAAGAUGUCUCGCAAGAUAUCCACCGCCGCGAAGUCGCCGGCGGCGAUCAAGACGCCGGAACACUUGAAAGGAAUUAAAGGCUUUUCAGCCAAAGAAAUGGCGGGUUUGCUCAGCAAUCAUCCCCUCCCCUGCUUCUUAGCCCUCUCUCUGCUAUUCUUCAUGGGAGUCGAGUACACAUUGCGAAUGGUUCCUUCUUCCUCUCCGCCGCUCGAUAUCGGCUUCCUUCUCACUGAGAGAUUUCAUGGCUUUCUCGCCGUGAGGCCUGAACUCAAUUCCUUCCUCGCAGCGCUUAACACGGUGUUUGUGGGAAUGCAAGUGGUGUAUAUUGUUUGGGCGUUAAUGGUGGAGGGAAGGCCGCGGGCGACCAUUGCCGCGCUUUUCAUGUUUACUUGCAGAGGCGUGAUGGGCUACGCAACCCAGCUUCCUCUUCCCCAGGGAUUUCUGGGCUCUGGAGUGGAUUUUCCGGUGGGCAACGUAUCAUUUUUCCUCUUCUUCUCCGGCCACGCGGGCGGGGCGGUGAUUGCAUCGCUGGAUAUGAGGCGGAUGAGGCGGCGAAGGCUUGCAAUGGCUUUCGAUGUUCUCAACUGCCUUCAGGCGCUCAGACUACUAGUCACGAGAGGGCACUACACGAUUGAUCUGGCCGCUGGGAUCGGCGCUGGCUUCGCCUGUGAUGUCUUAUCCGGAAUGUACGAGGAGCGUAAUAGUAAGCCUUCGGGGCGCUCUGAUGACGAAGUAUAUCGUCCAUGCAGCUGCAAAUGCAUGUAAAAUGAUCGAUUACUUUGAGGAUGUUUAAUUUGAUCUGAUAGGCAAUUUAAUUAUCCCUUCUCUGGCUUUGUAAACUUCAGUUCUUAAUAUGGAGUUUCAGUGCUGAUUCUUUUUUUUUUUUAU